AUGUCUCAUUCAGGCCAUUCGGCACCGUCGGGCGGGGGCUCAAGCGACGGCGCUCCCAGUUUCUUUUACAUGCAGGAGAUGUACUGGGCUGUCGUGGGAAUGGCUGUCGGCAUAGCUACAGUGGCUAAUAUCCUCAACAAGGUGGUAGCAGUUCAAAGGCGAGUUAUGCGGAGUUCCUUUUCCCUAUCCGCAACCCCGGGUUCUAUUCAAUGCGCUAACUAA